UCCUGAAAACUGUGAUCUACCCUUAAUGAUGUUCCUCCUCAAACACGACAAAGGAUUUCGAAUAUUAGACAAAGAACUUCCAGAUCCUAUAGACACCAGUAUUGAUGCAGACCUAACAAGAAUAUAUUUCUACACUCAGUUCAUUGUUGAUAAUACGACGACGAAAUCAUUUGACACCAGUGCUUUUCUCGAAAUUUGGGACACAAUCGUUAAGGCAAUAGUACGAAUAGGGGGAGAUUCAAUGCAAAACCAGUGCGAUUGCUUAAAGACAGAGGUCAUUGGAGAAAAUAUAAAAGGUGCAAUGUUAGGUUUGGUUGAGAUACGGGAGAAAAUGACCGUGUUAAAACAGAAACUGGAGAGUGAUCUUUCAAAGGCAAUAAAAGAUAACAAGGAAGAAGAGGAUUUUAAUGAAGAAGUAUAUUAUAAAGAAAUAGAUAAAUGGUUGGAUGAAGACAAGAUGUUUGUCGAAACAAAAGCAUCAACCUCGUUACUGGCAGCUUUACGGAACGGGCAAAAGUCUAUCACUGUUGUGGGAAGUUUUUGUGUAGGAAAAACAUUUACCACUCGCCACGUCGCACUAAUACUCAGGCGUGAAGGAUACAAAAUCCAUCCAGUUUCUUCACUAGACGAGUUAAAAAAACUUUGCGUCAAGGGGCAUCGAACUUUAUUCAUUGUUGAUGAAUUUUGUAGUGGUAGUAUAAUCAAACGUGGGAUCGACAUUAAAAUGUGGGAAAAGAUGUCUGAUGAUUUACUUGGGAGCCAAAGUAAAAUAGUAGCGUGUUGUUCAUUGAUGCUUUAUCAGCAUAGUUCAUUUAAAAAUGCAAGGUUGUCAUUUUUUCGUUCAUUUGUGUUGAACAUGAAUUCUUCGUAUGCUUUAACAAGUGAUGAAUUACAUUGUGUUGCCAAAAGGCAUACUGAUAUAGAUGAUACGCUAAUUCAGAAGUAUUCUAGCGAGUUUCCAUUUUUUCCUUUUCAUUAUAGUAAAUGUUCUUUAUUCUCUAAGACAUAUAAAGAAGGAAAACAUAUAUCAAAGUUUAUAUGCCAUGAUGCCCUUUUCAUAAAUGCAAUGGUAGUCUACAAAUUCCAGUUGGAUACAUUUUAUACAGACGACAAACUUAAAUAUACUGCCCUUGCAUUGAUUGUUCAGAUGAAUAAUUAUGUAGAAGAAGAAUGUUUUAGAGAAUCAAGGACAGGCAAAAACUCUGUAUUACAUCAAGUAAACACAAUAUCAGACUCGUGUAAAUUUGACAAGAAAAAUAAAGACAACAAAAGUAUACAGCUUUUCAAAUCACUUUCAGAUAUAGAGUGUGAACUUAAAUCGAUGAUUGGAUCGUUUGUCAUAGUGAUGACAGAUUCUAAAAAUAGCCUUGUUUAUUCUGCUAAAAAUUUAAGUGUCUAUGAAAUGUUAGCAACAUACUUUAAAGAAGAAUUGCCUGAACAUUUCAGUGGGAAAUUUCCUGUGCAUAAGAAGUGCAAGAAACUGCAAUAGCUACUUACAAAUGUACAA